AUGGAAUCAAGAACAUGCUGGAUUUGUUUGCGCACGGAUAGUACAGAUGAUAAAGAGGAAGAUGAAAUAUUGGGACGGUCAUCAUCUGAUGAGUGGAUACGUCCCUGUCACUGCAGAGGUAGCAUAAAGUGGGUGCAUUCCAAAUGUUUUUACAAAUACGUAAUGAACCAAACGAAAUCGAAGCUAAGAUGCAUAUUCUGCCAGACAAGGUAUAACAUAAUCAUACGAGAUUUUCUUUUCAUACACAUUUUUGAGUUCCUGAACAGCUUUUUUAUGAAUGUCAUACUUGCAUUCUCCUUCCUUUUUCUUGUUAUAUCUCUAUACCUGAUUUUAUUCGUGUAUGGCCUGAGCGUUAUGCUGGCGGCCACAGGAUUGGACACCACGAAGUCGUUGUUUUACAAGGUUGAGAACGAUGUGUUCCUAUUUGACUAUAUCGGAAUAGCACGGGCACUUCUAGGCAUACCGCUCCUGCCGCUCUCCAUUUUGUACAGCAAUUUCAAGACAUAUUCCUUUCUAUCGCACAUUAUACCUGUAAUUAUCAUCAUUGAUAUUCCCAAGCUGUCCAUCAGCAACGUUCUGUUCUCUUCGCUCCCCAUCCUCUACUUUCUGUACCGGGUGGUCAUAAAUUACAUCAAAGAAAAAGUAAGUGAUACUUCAGACGGGUCCAGGCAUGAUGAGGACAGCAGAACAGAAAUAAUCUUCAACGAUUUUAACAUACCUGUGAAGGACGUAGGUAUUGCGUUGCUUACGCCAUAUGUUGCGGCCAUCGUAGGAUUUUCUGUGCGUAGAAAGGCUUCCUACUCAGGCACAUUGCUAGGAGGUGCUAUGGUAACUUUUGCGGUUGAUUUCUGCAACAUUCUGUAUCGUUACUUCAUAAAGAAACGCGCCGAGGGCUUGCGCGUCAUAGAACCGGUGUUGGACAGCGAGGAAUAGCAUUUGUGCUUACGGCUGCAAGCAGUUGAAUGGCAGGCUGGCACGGUGUACUAACUCUUGAAACAGUAAUAAAAGUUGAUAAUAGUGAUACUUAUACUAACGAUUUCUGGUCUUGGUAUAUCUGACCGGAUGGUUUAUCUUUUUAUUGCAGUUUGCUG